UACAAUGCAUAUUUAUAAGCGGUUUGACGUUGUUUACACGAAAACAAACUGGAUCUUGUCUAAACUGCUUUCCAAGUUGUGAAAGAUUCGAGAGUUUCUUCUUGUCGUCCAAAAGCUUUCGAUGACAUUAUGUCUGGUCCGAAUGUGAAUUCAAAGAUGGAAAGAUCAAAAUCAAAGAAAUCAUGCGAGUUUGACGAUAUUUUAGACAUGGUUGGCGGAUUUGGCCGUUACAGCUUAGCGCUAUAUGCUUUCAUGUGCAUCAUGUCUGUGCCAAUCGGCCUCCAGCAACUUGUACAAGUCUUCUACGCAGCAACUCCGAAAUACUCCUGUGUUUCGUAUUCGUCGCCGAGCAACAAUACAUGUUCGGAAUGCUGCAACAACUGCGAAAAAUAUGAGUUUCAGGCAGGGCUGACGAGUGCUGUGACAGAGUGGAACCUGAUAUGUGACAGACGUCCUCUCAAGGCCAUGACACAGUCAGUUUACAUGGCAGGUCUGUUGGUGGGUUCUGUUGCCUUUAGUAGCCUGUCCGACCACUUUGGCCGUAAAAUCAGCGUCUUCCUCAGUAUUUUUCUCAUGGCUGCAUGUGGAACAGUAUCUGCUGUCUCCGACUGUCUUUCCUUGUUCGCCUUGUUUCGGUUUGGAGCUGGAGCGGCCACAGCAGGCUGUCUUCUCGUUCGGUUUGUCUACUGUAUGGAGAUCAUCCACAUAAACAAUCGCACCGCAGCAGGAAUGGUGAAUAAUAUUUUCGUUAGCAUUGGUUUUUCUACGCUUUCUCUGCUUGGUUACUUAAUUCGUGACUGGAGACAUCUAAUGCUGAUUGUCUCUCUGCCUGCAGCACCAUUACUGCUCUGUUACUGGAUGAUCCCAGAGUCUCCCCGGUGGUUAAUUGCCAAAGAUCGCCUUGACGAGGCUCACGAGCUGCUCAUGAAGUAUGCCAAGAGGAAUCGUGUCACUGUUGAAUCCACCCAACUCAAACAUGUCAUACAAGAAUUUAAGAAGGAAGAAGAAAGAAACAGGAGUGAGAGCAAGAAGACCUACGGAAUCCUGGACAUGGUUAGAACACCAAAGCUGAGGAAGAGAACCAUAAUCUGUGGAUUUAAUUGGUUUGUGAACGCUUUAGUUUACUUUGGGAUCAGUUUGAAUGUCGGGAAUCUGGCGGGAAACAUGUACCUGAACUUUUUUUUCCUCUGCAUCGUGGAAAUUCCUGGAGCAUUAGCACUGUGGUUUUUCUAUGCACGAUUUGGCCGGCGUAUUCCUUACGCCUCGUUCAUGAUCAUUGGAGGCGCUGCAGAAAUGUUGGUGCUGGCCGUUCCAUCUGGUGAUGAGUAUAAAGUUGUUAUUACAAUCUUAGCUGUUAUUGGUAAAGCUUGCAUCUUGGCGACUUUCCUUGGAAUUUAUAUUUACACUGUGGAACUCUAUCCCACAAUUAUCAGGAACACUGGCAUUGGAGUGUGUUCAAUGAUGGCUCGCGUUGGCAGCAUUUUAACACCUUACAUCGUGUUACUGGCGGAUCUUCCGAACAUGAGCAAGACUCUUCCGUUGGUCAUAUUUGGUGUUUUUGGAGUUAUCGCGGGCGUGAUGGCUCUUUGGCUGCCAGAGACACGUUACUGUCCCAUGGCUCAGACGGUGGAACAAGUGGAGGCCUGGAAAGAGGACUACAAGAUAUACUGCUGCAAGCAUCAUAGCUUAAGGAUGGAAGAUGGAAACAUUGGUUUGAUGGACGAGAAAGAAGGAGACGAUGACAGCCCAAUUACGACAGAAACACCGCCUUAUAAGGAGAAAUACGACACGGUUGUUUAGAUCAUCACAUAGUUAGUGAGUGCCUGAGGCAGUAGAUGAAUGGGAGUUAGAUUUACUGCUGAGAUUCAGCUAAUAUAUCCGCUGAUAAUCGGGAUUUGACAGGAAAUUCAGCUGAUUAUCGAGCUGUAGUGUAUCUCAUUCAUAUCCUCUAUACUAGCUUUUUUUUUAAUGUAUCGGCUUUUAGUCUUUGAUAAAGGAGAACAAUGAUGUUGUUAUCGGCAAAGUGAUAAUUUUAUGUAACUUGUGGCUUAUUAAAUCUUGGAACGAAACACAAAGCAGAUAUUAGAAAACUGCAUCAUUUGCAAAGAGUUUUUCUCGACUACUCAUAAAAAUUCAAUGCGUUUGAUGGGAUUAAAAACGAUCAAAUGCGCCUCAACCCCAGAAAUAAAUCUGAUCUACAUUAGGUACGAAAAUUUCAAUUUCUUUUUCACCAACCAUAGCAAAAUGCAUGCCGUCAGCUACAUAGAAACACAUAUAUGGUGCUAUCAAGUAAAUUUAGUAAGGUCUUAUAGAUAUAGAUAUAUUUUUAAAUCGGAGACGUUUUUUCUCUUGGUUAGAACUCUUCAUCAACAUGUGAAGAGCAUUUUCGAGCUCCCUAGACAGUCACUCAUCUGCAAGCAACUGCCAUGAGAAUGUUUGAUUCCAUCUUCUUAGGGUAAUUAGAAAAGGGCCUCUGGAACGACAUUAAUUUUAUGAUCUCUGAACUUGACCAUGUGUAAAGCCUCAGGGCCCCUGAAAAUCUCAACCACACCCAAAUCUAGCUGAAAUUUUAUCAAUUUUCGAGAUUUUUAUUGAGAGAUAGACAAAUACAUGCAGCAUGGAAGAGGACGUGGACUCUUUCCCAUGCACACUAUGUAUAUCGUAGAACGCUUUACAUUUAUUGAUUUUUUCCGCGGUUUUAGCCAUGAUACACAAUUAAAUCUCGGCAAGAGAAAGGGGUCUAUGGAUAAUGGCUAGGCUACAGCUAAUCGCGUACCCAGAUUCAACCGUUACCUGUAACUGAAAUGCUUGGGCGUGGAAGGUCUUUGUACGAGAUUUUGCUAAAGCUGAAAUAUGUAUCACUAGUAGCAAACCAAAGCUUUAAUAAAGGUGCCGAAUCACAUAAAAAUUUCGUCCAUUAUCAAUAAUAUUAAUAUUAUUACUAUUGUUCAUAAUAUUAUUAUUAUUAUUA